AUGAGUUGCUAUUCGCCGCCAUGCUUUCCCUGUGGUGAUCUCUGUUCCCCGUCACCGUUCUGUUUCCCAUGUUGGCCGUGCGCACCAUGCCCCUGUCCGCCGCCGGAGAAGCUCGCCAUCCCCUACUGCUUCCCCGACUGUCCGAAGCGCCCCAAAAAGAAGAAGAAGCGCCGUCGCAAGCCCCCAUCGAAGGCGAUCGAAGUCGACGAGCCGGAGGAGGAGCCCUACGUGAACCCGUGCAAGUGCUGCAAAUGCUGCAUAUGCAUGGGCCUCAAGACCGACCAGGACUGGUGCGAGGGCGCCGGCCAGUGCUGCACCAUGUGCCGGUGUCGCGGCUGCCAGCCCUGCAGCCCGCCGCCCUGCUACUCCUGCUGCCCGCCGCCUCCGGCUUGUCCUCCACCGCCUAGCUCCUGCUGUUGCUCUCCACCGCCUCCGGCUUGUCCGCCACCGCCGGCGUGUCCUCCACCGCCGUCUAAACCUUGCUGUUGCUCGCCGCCGCCUCCGGCGUGUCCGCCGGCGUCGCCGCCUCCGGGGUGCAGCUAUUGCGAUCCCUCGUGCAAGGCGAGCCAGAUGCAGCCGGAGGUGGAGCGGUGCGAGAAGUGCGGGCAUCGGAAGAAGGCGGCGCCGGAGCCGGUUAAGUACGAUUAUUCGAUACCUCAGCAGAAUUUCGUGGAUGCCACGUUGACGGGGCCCGGGCAGAGGAAGGGGCCGGUGUGUUAUGCUUGUUGCAGGAGCACCGAUGCGAUGAAGCCCUGUCCGCCGGUUAAGAAUACGGUGAAGAGUUGUAACGAAUGCGGGAAGCAAUCGCAGGCUAAAAGCUUAUGUUCCGGUUGCCAAUUUUUGGGUACUAUUUAA